UGGGCCAUUCUAGUCCUUGAAAAUUUACUCAUUGACUCAAGGGAUGACUUCACUUCCGCCAGUUUAUGAAUGUUAAGCCCAUUCCCAAAUUCUUUAACAUAUCGAUUUUACAAGUUCAUCAGCUCUUAUACAAUGCUGAAACUCAAUACUUGUAUCAUACGUUUGGUUCUAUUUCUUGGCACCACCGCGACCACUGUCAUCGCCGCUACCAAACCACAUGGCAUUCAUCACUAUCGGCAUCAAAGGAGGCACCUUACAGAUGCACGGGACGUAACUGGAUUCAUAAGCAUUGAUUGUGGGACAAAUGCAAGCUACACUGAUAGUUCUACAGCAUUAUAUUACACAACCGAUGAACAAUAUAUUGACAGUGGCAUUAAUAUGGACAUUCUUCCAGAACACAAAAUAGAAAACUUACAGCAGCAACUCACAAAUGUCAGAAGUUUUCCUGAGGGAACCAAGAACUGCUACACUCUGAAACCAUCUCAAGGGAAAGGCAGAAACUAUUUGAUCAGAGCUUAUUUUUUGUAUGGAAACUACGAUUCCCUGAAUAAACCUCCAACAUUUGAUCUUCUCCUUGGGGUUGACGUUUGGAGCACUGUGAAAUUAGAUAAUUCAUCUCACUAUGUGUGGAAAGAAAUCAUACACACACCAUCCACGGAUUACUUGUAUGUCUGUGUCGCGAAUACAGAUUCAGGAACACCUUUUAUAUCAGGAUUAGAGCUAAGGCUUCUACCUGACUCCAUCUAUAAACAGGACUCUGGCUCGCUUGAUCUUCUGUGUCGAAAUUAUGUCACAAAUUUGUUGAACUUUAAUGUAAUAAGAUACAAGGAUGAUGUCUAUGACCGCAUUUGGAAACCUGGAUACCCAACUUCACAGGCCAGCUUCAUUGAAACCAUGUCUGAAGUUGGCCCGGGCGGCUAUUUAUUGCCAUCAUCAGUUAUGAAAGUAGCCGUUGUACCAAAGAUUCUUAAUCAACCUAUAAGAUUAUACUACAACCAAGAAAGUGAUAGAAGCACAGGAUUUUACUUCUUCCUCCAUGUUGCUGAGAUUUCAGAACUUCCUAAAGGUGAAGUCAGGGAACUUUCUAUCACUUUAAAUGGCGUAAAAAAAACCCAAGAUUUAUACACUCCUUACCUACAAACUAAAACCAUUUCCAAUGACCAGAAACCAAUUACUGACUCCUUUCUUAAUAUUACCAUCCAAAGUACCAAUAAUUCUACCCUUCCUCCAAUACUGAAUGCCAUUGAAGUGUUUAACGUCAUACAAAUUUCAGAACUAUCCACUGAUGUAGCAGAUGUUCAUGCUCUCAACCAAAUCAAGUCAUUUUAUAAGCGGAUGACCGAUUGGCAAGGAGAUCCUUGCUUUCCAAAGAGGUACUCAUGGGCUGGUGUGGUCUGCAACUAUGACAGUUCCAAUAUCAUCAGAAUAACAUCAGUGAAUCUUAGUUCAAAAGGACUUACAGGACAUAUUGCAGCGUCAUUUGCAGACCUUACAUCAUUACAAAUCUUGGAUUUAUCAGACAACAACCUCAGUGGGCUGAUACCUGAGCUUCUCGCAGACUUGCCAAUGUUAAAAACCUUAAACCUUUCAAAAAAUAACUUCACUGGUUCAGUUCCUGAACUUCUGCUAGAAAAAUCUGCAGCAGGGGCUCUGUCUUUAAGUGUGGAAAACAUUUCAGGUCUAUGUUCGAGCAGAUCCUGUACUUCGAAGAAAAAAAGUAAAGCAUACCUAGCUUAUAUAGCAGCAAUUUCUGCACUAUUGGUUCUUCUUGUGGCAGGUUUCAUCAUUUUUUGUAUAUACAAAAGACAUACUGCUAGACUGUAUGAAAGAUCUAGAAAUGGCAAAAGGAAGGGUGAAUUCACACGGUUUUCUAAUUCCGAGUUAACAAGCAUAACCAAGAACCGCCGGAGAGAGCUAGGAAAGGGUGGGUUUGGAGUAGUUUACUAUGGUCGCCUAAAUGAUGGCACGGAAGUGGCUGUUAAAAUUUUGUCUCAAUCAAUCCACGCUUCUGACCAAUUCACAACAGAGGUUGAACUCUUAAUGGAUAUUCGUCAUAAAAACUUGGUUUCUCUAAUUGGAUAUUGUGAAGAAGAAACAACCUUAGCUCUAGUUUAUGAAUAUAUGGCUGGUGGAAACUUGCAGUCUAAUCUCUCAGCUUCGAAGCCACUAAGUUGGAAAUUGAGGCUCCAGAUAGCAUUAGAUUCUGCACAAGGACUGGAAUACUUGCACAACGGUUGCAGCCCCCCUGUAGUCCACAGAGAUGUGAAAACCCAAAAUAUCUUAUUGGAUAAAAAUCUCCAGGCAAAGAUAGCAGAUUUUGGUAUGUCCAAAAUUUUCCCAGAUGAACCAAGAACCCAUGUAUCAACAAGAGUGAUCGGUACACCAGGUUAUCUCGAUCCUCAGUAUCAUGAAACCCGGCAGUUGAAAGAGAAAAGUGAUGUAUACAGUUUUGGGGUGGUUCUAUUGGAGUUAAUCACAGGUAAAGAGGCAACGGUGAACAUUCAAGAAAAAGUUAUAACGUUGGUUCAAUGGGUGAUCCCCAUUCUUGAAACGGGGGAUUUGAGGGAAAUAUUGGAUGAAAGAUUGCAGGAAGUUCAGAACACGAAUUCUGUUUGGAGGGUAAUAGAUAUAGCUAUGGCAUGUGUGAAGCGAACUGCAAUGGAAAGGCCUACAAUGAGUCAGAUUGUCACUGAUUUGAAAGAGUGCUUAGCUAUGGUGCUGAACACUGAACAUGAUACAACAGUUCCUGAUGAUUCAACAGAAAGCCUAGUGACCGCGAACACUGAACUUGAUACAACAGUUCAUGAUGAUUCGACAGAAAGCCUAGUGACCACGAACACAGAAAUGGCUCCGGAAGUAAGAUAACAAUAUGAGCCACAUAAUUUGUUAUUUGCUUAAUUGCAUUGCUGACAUUUGCUUUUCUACUUUGGCUUUGCUGCAUUCUAUGCAUGCAUUUACAAACUAUUAAGUCUGAUUGUAACUUCCAUCCUUUGUGUGAAACACAAUUAGUACGUCUCUUUCUCA